AUGGCUGUCGCAAAUGGCGACGUCCGGCAUCGACAUGCCCAUGGGAAUGCGCCAUCAUUGGUCAACGGCGCUACCAUAGCCGGCAAGAACGAUAUCGCGCAUACAAACGAUGAUGAAGCCAAGUCUUCUUCGAAUCUACUCAACCUCAUCAUAUGCGUUGGGGGCAUUUACGUAUCCUUGUAAGUUGGGUUGAUUUCCGGCCACUUUGUCGCAAAAGCUCACUGGCCCAGUAUAACAUGGGGAGUUCUUCAGGAACGCAUCACGACCACCAACUACGGCACCAGCAGGGACCCUGAAGUGUUCAAAUUCUCCGUCGUGGUCAACACUAUCCAGUCGACAUUCGCGGCAUUACUGGGAUAUAUCUACGUAUUGGCCACUCGCAAAUCGUCUUCGGACCUUCCGAUCUUCCCAUCAAGACAUAUCAUUUUCCCGUUGACACUGGUCGCCAUUACCUCAUCUCUUGGAUCUCCCUUCGGUUACGCAUCUCUGGCGCACGUGGACUACAUCACUUUCAUCCUUGGCAAGUCUUGCAAGCUGCUCCCGGUGAUGUUCCUGCAUGUCACCCUAUACGGGAGACGAUACCCUUGGUACAAGUAUGUCGUCGUUUUACUUGUGACUAUUGGCGUUGCUGUCUUCACCCUCCACCAGCCUGCGAGCUCGAAAAAGAAGGGGCCCGAACGCAGCAGUAUCUAUGGGCUCGUGCUGCUCAGCAUCAAUCUUCUUUUCGAUGGUUUGACGAACACUACACAAGACAGCAUCCACUCAAGAUUUAGAGGCUACACUGGACAACAGAUGAUGUGCUCACUCAAUCUGAUGAGUACAUUGUUGACUUCGAGUUAUCUAUUACUUUCACCAUACAUUGCGCAUACCGGUGUUGGUGCCUUCUUUGGAAUGGACCUCUGGAAAUAUGCGGGCGAACUGGAAGGCGCUAUUGCUUUCAUUCAGCGUCAUCCGGCUGUUCUGCGCGAUAUUCUGGCGUUUGCUGCGUGCGGCGCCCUCGGACAGGUUUUCAUCUGUAAGUACACCCUGACCUCGAGUUGUAGCUCUUGCUGAUCUGUCCUAGUCAUGACUCUGUCGAUCUUUGGAAGCCUUUUACUGGUCACAGUCACCGUCACGCGCAAAAUGCUGACAAUGAUUGUCUCCGUGGUGUGGUUUGGACAUAGACUUACGGGGAUGCAAUGGCUUGGAGUGGGGCUUGUAUUCGGAGGCAUUGGGCUGGAGGCGCAGUUAUCGAAGAUGGAAAAGCAGAAGAAGAAGAAAGCGAAUUGA